AUGGCUUCUGCCGACAAGUCCAGGCAGUCGUCUGGUGGCAAAGGCUUCUUCUCCAGAAACAGACACAAGAGCGAAAAGCGCCAUACCGGUAGCGAAGAGGGACGGUUUCUUGGCCCAGACUACGAUCCGCCGUCGCGCAGCUCCCGGCAUGCUAGAGAAUCGUCCAUAAUAUCGAUCGACCGACCUAGCUCUCCCGAAUCCGGUGUGAACAACACGGCCGGUAUCAUCACCGCCAUACCCUAUGACACCACCUACGCCGAUAAACGAAGUCCCAUACCCGUCGAGUAUCUCCCUCGAAAUGACCAGAUGCCCGUUCGACGAGAUCCGCUGCCGCAUCAGCUGAACAAAAGCACGACAGACUUUCACCAAUACCCAUCUGUUGAAGGGAGUCCCUAUGCCAACACCGCGGGAUCCCAUCUGUCGGGGCCGCGGCCCCCUCCCGGUACUUCCAAUCUGACCAUGGCGUCUACCGGUCGCCAAACCCAGUUCCAACAAUGGGGUCCUGGGCAAUCGCCAAAUGGUCAGAUGCCUCGAGGAAGCACGGCCUCGGGAAAUGCCCCUGACAGAUGGGACUCACUACCAGGUUGGGGGCAGCCAGGUUUCGGCAGGACCUCGAGACAGAGCGACCAGUCCAGCAUAUUUUCAGGUAACGGCCAAAGCCCCGACUCUGCUGCCACAAUCACGCGCUCAUCCAGAAUAGCACUUCCCAGUGCAACGUCCCAGAGCUCCGUUGCCUCCCUCCACUCGGUCCGAGAAUCACAUCGCACGACCAAGUUCCCAGGAACUCCUGGCUACCAACAACCCACCGGCCCGGACUCCUUUUCCCUCACGAGACCUGAAGAUGAUAGGAUGACCGAGCAGAUGUUUUUCGAGUUGAUGCAGAAGCGAGGAUGGCACAACCUGCCAGAGCAGGCGCGGCGGCAAAUGCAGGCCUAUCCAUCUUCGAAGAAGUGGACCCUCAUCUAUCAAGACCGCUUGACAGAAUGGCAGGGAGAGCAGAAACGAAGGCAGACCGCAAGACCAGGACAGUAUUCGAAUGUCGAUAUCACCGCCAACUCGGAUGAAGAGGGUUCGCCUGAGUGGUAUGUUCGAAAAGUGAUGGACAACAGUCUGGAUACCAAAGGCCUCGGGAGCCUCGAGGUCAACCUUAGGACCCAGCAGAUCGGUUGGGUCAAGCGCUUCAUUGAGUGCCAGGGGCAGGUGGCUCUUACCAACGUGCUAUUGAAGAUCAACAGGAAAACGGCGGUUGGGCCGGCUGCACCGCUGGAUGCCAAAGGGAUGGACAAGAAUCUCGACAAGGAGUACGACAUCGUGAAGUGCUUGAAAGCCUUGCUCAACAACAAAUACGGCGCCGACGACGCACUCUCUCACCAGCAAGUCGUAGUGGCUCUGGCAACCUCGCUCAUUUCACCAAGGCUCACGACUCGCAAACUUGUCAGCGAUGUGCUGACUUUCUUAUGCCAUUGGGAGGAGGGAGAUGGGCAUAUGAAAGUAAUCCAGGCCAUGGACUCAGUGAAGAGUCAACAGAAUGAGAACGGCCGCUUUGAUGCUUGGAUGCGCCUUGUCGAGGUCACAGUGGACGGACGCGGAAAGAUGGGCAGUCUCGUCGGAGCCAGCGACGAGGUGCGAAGCGGCGGCAUCGGCAUGGAGAACCUCCUCAUGGAAUACGCCGUCGCGACGCUCAUCCUGAUCAACAUGAUUAUCGAUGCGCCUGAGAACGAUCUCCAACUCCGUAUGCAUAUCCGGGCCCAGUUCGGUGCUUGUGGGAUCAAGCGGAUCCUCACAAAGAUGGAGGCGUUCCAGUAUGACCUGAUAGACAAGCAGGUCGAGCGGUUUCGCACCAACGAAGCUAUUGACUAUGAGGACAUGCUCGACCGGGAAAAUAGCAGUAUCAAGGACAGCAUAGAGGGAGAGGUGAAGGAUCUGACUGACCCUACGCAAAUCGUUGACGCCAUCCAGCAACGUUUGCAAGGUAGCAAGACCCAGGACUACUUCGUCUCUGCUCUCCAACAUCUGCUUCUAAUCCGCGAGAAUGAUGGAGAGGAACAGCUACGCAUGUUCCAGCUCGUCGACUCGAUGCUCAGUUAUGUUGCCAUGGACCGCCGGCUGCCAAAUAUGGACCUCAAGCAGAGCCUAAACUUCACGGUUCAGAGCUUGCUAGAUAAGCUACAUACGGAUUCCGAAGCUCGGCAAGCCCUAGAUGAGGCAUUAGAGGCCCGGCAGAUCGCCGAUGCCGCCAUGGCCGAGCGAGACGAGAUGAAAGCCAGGGUGGAGCUGGGCGCAGAUGGACUUGUAGCCAAACUUCAGAGGCAGCUGGACGAGCAGGCCCGGUUCAUCGAGGCGCAGAGACGACAGGCCGACGGUCUGAAAGCCGAAAUCGAGAACAUGCAGACGGUUCGCGCCAAGGAGGCCCAGCGGUACGAGCUUGAAACACGAGAACUCUAUCUCAUGCUCAGAGAUGCCCAAGAUGUCGCCGCAUCCCAGGCUGUAAAGGGCAUACCUAGCGGCAAGGUUGUCGAGGAGGAUCCAGCUCGCACGCAGGGUAUCCUAGACCGCGAAAGGCUCAUGGAUCGGCUUGCUAUGCAGCUCGAACGCCAGAAGACCCAGUACAAGCUUGAAGGCCGGGUAUGGGGCGAAGCUGUUGGUCCUUCAGAUCGGCUACGUGCGCUACGUGACGAGAUGGAAGGCUAUACCGAUGAAUAUCCCGACGCCCCUGAAGGUGCUGGUCUUCCACCCCCUAGUAUGUCUAGUAGCAUGCUAGGAUCUGUGAACCGGCAAACCAGAAUAUCAAGGAAACCCGUCAACACCCGCGGCGAAGCACUGCCCGCAAGCGAUGAAGGGGCGGAGGAUGACGAGGGUAUUGUAUUUGAGAAACCGAGAGUGGUUGAGAUCAGGAGACCAGGCAUGGAUCCUAGGCAAGCCAGUAAUCUCCUGAGUGAGAUCCGGGCCAAGGGCAAGAAGGAAGAUGGCAGCGACUCUGAGGAAGGCGAUGGCGCGACUACUGGUCCUUCACAUCCCAGUAUCGAGUUGCAGUCUCCCAUCACGCCAAGCGACAACGAACCACCCAAGAUUCAAGUCAGCGAUGCAGCUCCUGCACCUCCACCUCCACCACCGCCUCCGCCACCUCCGAUGCCCGGUCAAAUACCAGGAGCCCCUAUGCCAGCAGCAGGAGCGCCUCCCCCUCCACCACCACCACCUCCGCCUCCAAUGCCCGGCAUGUUGUCACCUGCUUCGGCAGCAGGUCCACCCCCUCCCCCUCCUCCACCGCCGCCGCCACCAAUGCCUGGGAUGGGUGGCAUGCCUCCUCCUCCUCCGCCGCCGCCACCAAUGCCUGGGGCUAUGGGUGGUAUGCCUCCGCCGCCACCUCCUAUGCCAGGAGGCUUAUCUGGUCACUUCCUCUCAGCCCAAAACAAUCUCUCCCCAUCUCCAAGCGGCAUUGGUCUUCCCAUGGUCAGACCGAAGAAGAAGCUAAAGGCGCUGCAUUGGGAGAAGGUAGAUACCCCCGAGACAAGUCACUGGGCGGCGCAUGCUCCUUCUGCAGAGGAAAGAGAAGAGAAAUACAACGAGCUCAGCAAAAAGGGUAUUCUAGACGAGGUCGAGAAGUUGUUUAUGGCCAAGGAGAUCAAGAAAAUUGGUGGUGGAACCUCUAAGAAGGAUGACAAGAAGCAAAUCAUUUCUGGCGAUCUUCGGAAAGCUUAUGAAAUUGCUUUUGCCAAAUUCUCCCAGUACUCUGUUGAGAAGAUCGCACAGAUGAUCAUCCAUUGCGACAAAGAUGUCCUUGAUAAUACCGUUGUUAUGGACUUUCUCCAGAAGGAUGAUCUGUGCAACAUCCCCGACAACACCUCUAAGCUCAUGGCACCGUACAGCAAGGACUGGACUGGUCCGGAAACACAUAAGGAGAACCGGGAGCAAGAUCCAGAAGAGCUUACGCGACAGGAUCAGAUAUACCUGUACACUGCAUUCGAACUCCACCACUACUGGAAGAGCAGGAUGAGAGCAUUGGCCCUUACGAGGAGCUUCGAAGCUGAUUACGACGAGAUCUCUGAGAAGAUGCACCAAGUCGUGAACGUGUCAGAGGCGCUGCGAGAUUCGGUGUCUCUGAUGAACGUCCUUGGUCUCAUUCUCGAUAUCGGUAACUACAUGAACGACGCAAACAAGCAAGCUCGCGGUUUCAAACUCAGCUCGCUCGCUCGGCUGGGGAUGGUCAAGGAUGACAAGAAUCAGUCCACACUCGCUGAUUUGGUUGAGCGUAUUGUACGAAAUCAGUACCCUGAGUGGGAGGGUUUCGUGGACGACAUCCAAGCUGUCAUUUCCGUGCAGAAGAUCAACAUUCAACAGCUGCAAGCGGAUGCGAAGAAGUACAUGGACAACAUUCGCAACGUGCAGAUGUCACUUGACAGCGGCAACCUCAGCGACCCUAAGAAGUUCCAUCCGCAGGAUCGUGUUUCCCAGAUUGUACAACGCUGUAUGAAGGACGCGCGUCGGAAAGCGGAACAAAUGUCGUUGUAUCUGGAAGAGAUGGUGCGCACCUACAACGACAUCAUGGUGUUCUACGGCGAGGACCCCACCGACGAGAACGCCCGGCGCGACUUUUUUGCCAAGCUUGCAAUCUUCCUUCAGGGAUGGAAGCAGAGUCGGGACAAGAAUGUUCAGUACGAGGAUCAAAGGCGGAGAAACGAAGCCAGCAUGAAGCGCAAGCAUGCUCAGCUCAAGAUUUCAGGUGCUACCGUCGAGGCUGCACCAGCAUCACCAGGGUCGGCUGGCGCCAUGGACUCUCUGCUAGAGAAACUACGGGCAGCAGCACCACAAGCAAGGGAUACACGCGACCGGAGGAGGCGCGCGCGCCUAAAGGACCGGCACCAAGUGCGAAUUGCGUCCGGCCAGAAGAUCCCCGACCUCGACGAAGUCCCAGAGGCCGAAGCAGGACUUCGUUCCGAUGGUACCAGCGUUAUCGAUUCAGAGGCCAACCCCCUUAGUCCGGUUUUGUCAUCGCCGGGCGAGGUUCCUCCAGGGGCUGGUGAAGAUGGCUUGGCCCAAAGAGCCGCCAUGCUACUACAGGACAUGAGGGGUGGGGAUGGCGCUGAAGAUGUCGAGCCUGAGCAUCGGGAAAGUCUGAGAAGGUCAGCAGCAGAAGAAAGGAGAGCAAGACGGCGGAGACUGAAGGGAGGUUCCACCACUAGCUCGGCCGUCGGCGAGGGGGAAGAUGGCAUCAAGAGUCCGGUGUCUGAUCAAAUACCCGCUGCUGUUCCCGAAGAAUAA